ACAAAAUGAACCCCUUCUUUUUUCUGGGUUUUGGACAUUCUCGUCUAGUCUACUUCUGGAAUAGAAGUCUACCUUUCAACUCAACAAAUGAGACAUACUGCUACAGCACCGCCCAGGGCAGCACAGUGCUCCAAGGAGUAACUUUUGGUGGAAUCCCAACUGUCCUGCUACUUGAUGUAACCUUCUUUUUUGUUUUAAUAUUACUGUUUUCUGUUAUAAGAAAGAGAUUCUGGGACUACGGUCGUGUUGCUCUGGUGUCAGAAGCUGAAAGUGAAUCAAGAUACAACCGAUUGUCAACAUCUUCAUCAGUACCUGAAGAUCUUGAAUAUGAUAAGGGAUUUUGUUCUUGGAUGACAGCUGCUUUUCGGAUGCAUGAUGAUGAGAUUCAUGAGAGAUGUGGUGAAGAUGCCAUCCAUUACCUUGCCUUCCAGCGGCACAUCAUCUGCUUGUUGAUUGCCGUCAGCAUUCUGUCUGUGUGUGUCAUAUUACCUGUCAACCUGUCGGGUGAUUUACUUGAUAAAGAUCCCUAUAGUUUUGGAAGAACAACUAUAGUAAACUUGCAAACUAGUAAUAAUCUUCUUUGGCUGCACACGGUUUUUGCUGUUGUUUACCUGAUCCUGACUGUUGUCUUCAUGAGACAUCACAUGAAGUAUGUCACAUAUAAAGAAGAAAACAUAGUUAAGUGCACAUUGUUUAUAACUGGUCUUCCAAAAGAUGCAAAAGAAGAGACAGUACAUGGCCAUUUCACUGCUGCCUACCCAACUUGCACUGUGCUGGAGGUGCAGCUGUGUUACGACGUAGCCAAGCUUAUUCGUCUGUUCAAGAAAAGAAAACAGGCAGAAAAAAGCCUGACUUACUAUGAACACCUGCAUCAGAAGUAUGGCAAGCGGGUCCAGAUCAGCCCUAAGCCAUGUGGUCAAUUCUGCUGCUGUGAAAUGAGAGGAUGUGAAAGGGAGGAUGCUGUAGAUUAUUAUACCAAAGUUACAAAUGAACUGAUGGAAGAAUAUUCAAAAGAGGAACAAGCUGUUCAUAAUAACCCUCUGGGAAUGGCUUUUGUAACAUUUCAGGAGAAAUCCAUGGCAACCUAUAUCCUCAAGGACUUCAAUGCCUGCAAAUGUCAGAGUAUUAAGUGUAAAGGAGAACCCCAGCCAUCGCCUUACAGCAAGGAGCUGUGCAUAUCAAACUGGGAGGUUACAUAUGCUCCUUACCCUGAGAAUAUCUGUUGGAAGAAUCUUUCGGUGCGUGGACUGAAAUGGUGGUUCAGAUGGGCUUGCAUUAAUUUGCUUCUUUUUAUUGUGCUGUUUUUUCUUACUACUCCUUCCAUCAUCAUCUCAACCAUGGACAAGUUCAAUGUCACUAAACCUAUUCACUACCUCAAUAAUCCCAUCGUCAGUCAGUUUUUCCCAACGCUCUUGCUCUGGUCCUUCUCGGCUUUGCUACCAACAGUUGUCUAUUACUCAACUUUGCUGGAGUGCCACUGGACAAAAUCUGCAGAAAACAGAAUAAUGAUGCAUAAAGUCUACAUAUUUUUGAUCUUCAUGGUACUGAUUCUGCCCUCCCUUGGCCUGACCAGCCUGGAUUUCUUUUUCCGUUGGCUGUUUGACAGAGAAUCAUCUGAUUCUGCAGUGAGACUGGAAUGUGUCUUCCUGCCUGACCAGGGAGCCUUCUUUGUGAACUAUGUGAUUGCCUCUGCUUUUGUUGGCAAUGGGAUGGAGCUGCUGCGCCUGCCUGGCCUCAUCCUUUACACCAUACGCAUGAUCAUGGCCAAGUCCGCUGCAGAAAGGAAGAACAUUAAACAGCAACAAGCGUUUGAAUAUGAAUUUGGAGCAAUGUAUGCCUGGAUGUUGUGUGUGUUCACUGUCAUCAUGGCCUAUAGCAUUACGUGUCCCAUCAUUGUCCCGUUUGGUUUAAUAUACAUACUCCUGAAGCACAUGGUGGACCGUUACAACCUUUACUAUGCAUAUCUCCCUGCCAAGCUGGAGAAGAAGAUGCACUUUGCAGCAGUGAAUCAGGCCCUUGCUGCUCCAAUUCUCUGCCUUUUCUGGCUCUAUUUUUUCUCCUUUUUGCGCCUAGGCUUUAAAGCACCUACAACCAUGUUUACCUUCCUAGUUGUCAACAUCACAAUUGUUAUUUGCUUGGCUUAUACUUGUUUUGGCUGUUUCAAGUACCUGAGCCCACUGAAUUACAAGGUAGAAGAUACGCAAAGUGAAAGAGGAAACGACACAGAUGUACCAACCAUCACCACAUCUUCUAUGUACGUGCCCCAAGUCUUGCAUCCUACAGAAAGGACGAUGCUCGCCCAUAAGGAGCAGCAGUCGUAUGGCACCAUGGACCACAUUUCUUCACAGGCAGAAGGAAUCAUAAGCUAUUCUGCUGGACCUGCAGUUACUGAGCAGGCAUCGAGAAGCUCGGUUUGA